UUACAAGAUGGCGAACGUGCGGGAUAGUGACAUAUCUUUGUGGCUCCACAAUAAACUCGGUACAUCGAACGAUUCUUGGACAAGUGGCUCGAUUUGUUCACAAUUAAACGCUGAAGUAUUAAAGAAUAUAAAAGACUGUUUUCCAGAAUUACAACCGCAAGUGAAAUUGAAAUUAUUACUAAGUUUCUUUCAUAUCCCGCGCAGAAAUGUUGAAGAGUGGAAAAGUGAACUCGAGGAGAUCCUUGAAGUUGCUGCAAUGGAUUCAGACCUCUGGGUGGCGAUGCUUGCUGAAGUCCUCAAAACGUACCCCUCAGCUGGCACCCUUAAUACAGAGAUAGCAGAGUUUGAUGAGACAAGACCAAUAUUUAGUGAUAUGAUUGGAGAGUUAAGGAGAGCUUUAGCCAAACAUUCGGAUCUAGGAUUAUUACCGCUGGAGUGCCUGUAUUUAAAUAAGAAUGCUUUAGUAUCUGUGGUUGGCCAACAAACAAAUCCGAUAAAACAUUUUACACUGAAACGGAAACCUAAAUCGGCAUCGCUCAGAAGCGAGCUCCUUGCCAAAGCUACAGAGGUUCAGGCAAAUCAGAAGAAAGCUCAAGCUCCUACCGUACCAAUACGUAGCAGAGGAAUGCCUCGGAAAAUGACAGAUACUACUCCCCUGAAGGGUUUGCCGUCGUUGGGCGCGGGUCGUGCGGCCAUGCGCGCGGGCGGCACGGGCUGGCGCUCGCAGCGUCCCGGCAUCAAACUCCUCGACAUCGCCGACCAGCCUGCCACGCAUGCGCAGAUCAAGAAACGAAGAAAACUCGAAAUGGAGGAGGGCGCAAAGAAGGCUGCCGCCGCUGCCCCGCCCUCUCCCCCUCCGCCGGCCGGUGAUAAGACACAAAACAACAAAACAGAAGAACCUCCCACAAGCGUCCCCAGCUCGGAGCCGACGCCCGCGGCGUCCCCCCCUCCCGCCGGGCCGGUCGCCGCGCCCCCCGCGCCCGCCCGCGCCGCGUCCCCCGACCCGCGCCCCGCACUCCUGCACGACGGACCCCCGCCUCUCGCCAGCCCCAUACUCGUACAGGGUCCUUCUGGUGGCAAGUUGGUGCUAGCAAGCGGUGGGAAGCCGGUUCUGGUGCCGGCACUGCUUAACUCCUCAGCCGUGUUACUGCAGCCUGGUGGAAAAGCUGUGUUACUGCAUAAUAUUAAACAGGUCACCCAGCCCGUGGUCCAGCAACAACAGCGGACAACUGUUCCCGUACCAGCCUUACAUCAGACGCAGACUUUACAUCAUCAAAUACCACAGACGCAGGUGCAGAUUCAACAGCAAGUACAGCAGCCCACUCCCGUGCAGCCGGCGCCCCAACCAGCCGCCACGCCUCUACUGCCCAGACGAGGACUUUCCCUUACGCGAGAACAGAUGCUGGAAGCCCAGGAUAUGUUCAGAAAUGCAAAUCGUGUUACGAGACCGGAAAAAGCUCUUAUACUUGGUUUUAUGGCUGGAUCUAGAGAUAAUCCGUGUCCGAACCUCGGCAAUAUUGUUACGAUAAAACUCUCUGAAAACAUUGAGAAUGUUCUACAGUCGGACGACACGUAUCUCACUAUGCUCUCAGAGAUGCAUUUCCAAAUGAACUACAACAAUGGACAGUGGACUAGACUCAAGAAGUACCGACCUAUAGACGGCAUGGUGCCGCAGAAGAUACCUCCAGGAUCCACUGUGAUAUCAGCCGGGAAUCAGCAACCUGUAGUUUCAAUAGCCAACCAAACGAUUAGCUAAUGUGCUUCAGUGAUAAAUGACUUUGACAUUAUCAAGUGCUCUCAACUAAAGUGUUGAAAUGUGUUUAAUGUGCUUGUGGCCCCAGUAUCAUGCGUGACAGGUUCGAGACUGGCCACUUACUGUGCUAUUUCAAUUUUACUGAAUGUGACGUGAAAUUAUAUCGGUAGGUAUGCAUAAUAUUAUUGAUGUGAGACAAUACAAUCAGAACUGAUGCAAAUUCUAAAGUAAUUUAUGAAAAUUAUUACACUGUGCGGUAUCAAAAGUAGCAAAUGUAAGUACAGAAUAUAAGAAGUUUUUAACUGUUCUUUAUACAACCCCCAAAAUGAUCUAUUAUAAUGUGUGUAAUGUAUAUUAUACCAUUUAUCUUUCUAUAAAGAAAUUGAUAAGAAAAAAAAAAUAUCUUCAAAUUCACAUAGUUAAAACUCCUUUUAUGUUUUAAUCUCGGGUUUCUCAUUUUCAAUUGAGAUUUUUUUUUUAUUGCCUUUGUAGGCAGACGAGCAUACGGCCCACCUGAUGGUAAGUGAUCACCGUCGCUCAAGGACGUCAGCAAUGCCAGGGGCAGAGCCAAGCCGCUGCCUACCAUAAUGAUACUAUCAAUGAUCAAGGUAGUAAGCAUAAUAAUAUAUAUAGUCAACCGUAAACACAAAAUCUGAAGCAUUAUAAAAGUCAGAUAUAAUAAAAUGAAACAAAUAAACCCGAGACUAAACUGUAAAAGUAAGCUUAAUUAUGUCUAAUUGAAUAUUUAAAGCCAAGUCAAAUUGAAAUCGGAGAGCUUUAUUUGCUUAUAUGUAAUCUCAGGUACAAUCUACUUGAACAUGAUUGUAUUCAUCUUAUUCUGUUGUUCUAUAUUUUAAACUGUUUUUUCAUCUAUCAUUGCCACAUACCUAUACAUUAUUUUGUUCUUCUGUAUCCAUGGAAUACUAUAGAUGUAUUUUUUUCAACGAUUGUGACGAAUGGUAUUAAUUCUUAUUUUAAUUCACUCUGUUUCUUAUGGACCCAUACAUACAUCUCUAUUCUUUAGUCUAUCUAAAUGCUAUAUGGUAUAUAAUUAAAAAAGUAGAAAACUGUGGGAUUUUUUUUUAUUGCAUAGGUGUGUGGACAAGCUCACAGCCCACCUGGUGUUAAGUGGUUACUGGAACCCAUAGACAUCUACAACGUAAAUGCGCCACACGCCUUUCAGAGAAUCAGGGAUCAGUGCAAAACAAAGAAAUGCAUUAUAUGUGUGGCUUAAAUUGAACCAAAUUAAUUUAAAAACACAGACUGUGACAAAUAGAUAUUCAUAUAUCCAUUACUAUUUAGUUAAUAUUUUGUUCGACUUUAUCUAGAACUGUUAUUUUGCAUCAUAAAUAUAUACCAAAUUGAUUACAUUGGUCGUAACUACUUGGACAAUUUUGACAAAUACUCAUGGGCCGUAAUGGAAAAAUUUACUAUUUGUGUUCGAGAUAUUUCCACCAAGCCAAGUGGACCUCGGGUCAGGUGAAGUCAGGCUUCAUAGAUGAUUCAUAAAUAUAAUAAUAUUCGGAAUUAAUGCAAUAAAUUAUGACAUGAUUUGGGAACAUAAAAGUUAUGGAUACAUUGAAACAGAAAGUAGGUGGCGUUAUUAUCGUUUUAAAAUGACUAUGUUCAUUAAUAUUUUCCUAACAUAAACACUCGUUGUUUGCAUCUAUAUAUAUACAUAUAUCUAGAUUUUAUCACCAUAGAAGUCAAACUUCUUACGCCCAUAAAUAAGUCAAGUAUUAUACAGUACGUAAAUAUUAAAAAUUAUAUAUGUCACAUGUAUGACUGCUAUAUGUAACUGGAAUAAGGGCGAAUUUCGAUAAUCACAUCGUAUUUAAAAUAAUUAAAAAGAGUUUCGUUGUGUUUUCACAGAAUUUACAUCUCUAUAGUAUAGUGUGAAUUUGUAUAUAGUUACAAAGCGGUUACAAAGCAAAGAGUUAGCCAAUAUGUAGAUUUUUUAAAUUCUGACUUUGUGAUUAAAGUUGUAUCCAGUCGAUUAUAUAUCGUAUGCUUUAGUUCACUGCGGAUUUUUAUAAUGUUAUUCGGCUUUGAUUUGCAAUGUUUUGACGUAAUAACGUCUUGUAAAUCGAUGAACACCGGCUGCACGCACGAAAAAGUGUCACGUUCCGCCUGAGCAUGAGCGUGCAAGCGAGAGCGCGGAACAAGCGAUAGAGAGGCACGAUCGGCCCAAGCGUUGGCUCGAGACACAUUUAUCUCUCUUCUCGCGUGACGUCACAGCGGGCAUUUCUAAUAGUUCUGCUACGUAAUCACGUAAAACUAUCGUCCGUAAACCGAUUUUACAGACAAACUAAUUUUCUUUUAUGGCCUAGUCGCGAUGCGUGAUACCAGACUAACUUUCUUGUCACGUGUUCCUCACCAGAUUUUUAUCACUUUUUGUUGAGUGACAUGGAAUCUUUGAAAAUGAAAAAUUUAUUACAUAUGAGUCGACUAUUAUCAAAGGCGGCAAUCUGACUCUUGGACAAUGAUUGGUAAAUCAGAAAAACGAAUUAUUGACUUUGUAUUCCAUUGGCAGUCACAAAACUCUUCGGAACGACAUCUUAGAUAAAUAACAGGUUAACUAUUAACCUUUAUUUAAUGCAGGUUUUGAACCGUAUUCUUUGAAGGAGACGAUUAUAUUCAAAUAAAUCUGUAUUGACAUAUCAAUAUUUUUUUUUUGUCCAAAUGCACAGAUUGCCGCCUUUGAUAAUAGACGACUCAUAUAUAGAGAAACCGUUAUAAAUUCAAAGUACCGUAUAAAUGAUGCUAAAUGAAUUUAAUGUUCUUUCUACGUUGUUGAUCAGUAAAUCUUUUCUCGUAUAGUAUGUAUUAACUAAACGGGUAGUUAGUUUGAACUUGAUGUGAUUGUUGCAAGCAUUGUUAAAACAUAUGAUAUUAUCGAUAUGUUGUAACCUGGAAACUAUUUACCCACCCUUGAAACUGAUAUAAUACUUAUAUAGUAAUUGCGCACCCAUCAUGUACAUUGUAAUAAUUUGGAUAUCUCGUCUACAAUGUGGUCAAUAAUGACAUGGCCAUCCCGUCUGCAACAUGAAAUUGUAGCCACUCUGUUUACAAAAUGUUAAUACGACCAGACUGCUUUAAGUUAAGAAACAGUAAAAUCGGGUAUGUGAUCAAUUGUCUACAGUAUACUACAAUUAAUAAUACUUUUUGACCGUUUUGUCUCCAACACAGUAUUAAUUUUCUACUAGAAGGCGUAGCGUGGGUAGGCCUCCCGCAAGAUUGAGGUCCGCGGGGAUCUGCUGGAUGCUGGUAACGCAAGACCGGUCGCUGUGGCGAGGCUUUGGGGAGUUUUAUAUCCAGCAGCGGGUGUCUGUGGGCUGAUAUAUAGAUAGACAUUUCUACUGUAUGAAGAUGUUUCUCAUUAUAUCCAAUACUGUAUUAACUCAAGAAGCAUCACACACCCCACACGUGGGCACUGUGGGUGUAGCCGGGUGGGGGUCAUUUCCUCCCCGAGCGGGUCGUUGAACUUACACGAUUUCUGUACAGUCAGCAGAGAAAUGCGCAUUUAUUAUCAUUUUAUUUGAUUACGCAUUAAUUAAAGAAAAUGAGGGUAAACGUAAAACAGUUUUAUGAGAACUUCAUUGUACAUAAAUGAGAUAAGAAUUUUUUAGCAAAUUUAUUUAUACUCGACUACACACUGACUCGUCUAAAAGAAAAUCUUGAUUGCGCCCUCAUUUUUAAUUUCAUGUUUGGAUGUCUCCAAGUAAAUAAAUAGUUGAUACCAAAAUGUUUUACGAAUCCGUAUCUCUAAGUGGAUAAUGUAAAUUUUGAGUUAUUACAAUGUUAGUUGUAUUAUCAUGGCCAUUACACGUAUUCGAUGCGAAGACUGCAAUUUUCGACUUUACAUAACAUUGCAAUAAAAGUCAAUGUUGUAUACUUCCAACUUCUUAUUUUAUUACUUUUUCUAUUUUAGUUUUGAGUUCGUAUGAAGUCCUAAUAUGAGUUUCGUUUAAAAAUAAUGUGAAUUAUGUUUGUUGUUUGUAUGUAAGUAAGAUUCGUUUCUUUUUAUUUAGAUUUAUAUGUAAAAUUAUAGCUUAAAGUGCCUCUAAGUAGUUAUGUAAAGAAUUUAAUAAAAACUGUUUUAAAUGUGA